AUGCUCGCGCUCCUCGCUCUCCUGUCUGCCGCGGGCAGCUUCGCCCCUGCCCGGGCCGCUGCCGCUGCCGCUGCCGCUGCCACUGCCGGCAGCUGCACGCUGGACUCAUUCGCCGCGCCUAGCUGGCUCGUGCAAGAAGUCCAGCGGGCCAAGCCCGCGCUGCUGUCGUUCCGCCUCGUCAACCGCGCCACCAGCGCCGCGGCUGACCUCGAGUGCCCCGCGUCUCCGGGCGGCACGUGGACGAGCUGCGCUCCGAGCGGCAAGAGGCCCGCCGCCGAUGCCCUGCAGGCGUCGGUCAGCCUGGACAACGGCACAGCCAGCCUGCUCGUCAACGAGACUUGGAUCUGCAGCGACAUGACUCCGGGCAAGCCCAUUAUUUUCUCGGCAGUCGGUAAUACGACCAUCGCGCUCGACGGAUUGUCGGUGGCGCCGCUGCUGAUCCGGGCGUCGCUAGUAGCGCCGGUUCGCGUCUCGCCGGCGGCCGAGGACGGGCCGGUGGGCCACGAUACGCCGGGCUGCGCGGCGGCGUCCAAGACGCCCGCGUGGGAGCUCCAGGCGUCGCAGAUCGUCCGGCGCACCGAGGUCGGCGCCAACGGCACGGUCCAGGUGUCGGGCAACGCGUACGUGGCCGUCACCAACCUCGCCACGGGCGCCACGGCCGGCUGCCUCGGCAACACGGUCAACUACCCCGAGCCCCAGAUCCUCGAUUGCGAGGUCCAAGGCCCGUACCGCCCGCACCAGGCCCACACCAUCCAGACGUCCAUGCUCUUUGACCCGGCCACCUUUGCGCUGACGAUGAACGAGACGUGGUUCUGCGACGACGUCAGCCCGGCUGUCCCACUCACCAUCACCGGCGCGGCAUCGACCAAGCUGCCGCUCACGUGCAGCGACUUCGACCACGAGCCGUCCGAGCCGACCAUCACCUUCUGCACCAACACGGGCGACGCCAUCGACUUCUCCGGCAAGCAGGUGUCCGAGUCGGCGCUGGCGCCGUACGCGCUGACCGACGCGGCGGUCAGCACGGCCAGCAGCUGCACGGCGGCGUCGGCGGUGGCGCCGGCGUGGCGGCUGAGCGACUUCGAGACGACCAUCUCGCUCGCGGGUGCUAGCUCGACGGGCGUCGGCGCGCUCGCGCUACGCGUCGCCCUCGCCAGCGCCCCGCCCGACAGCGCCGACUACCCGGCGGCCACGGUGCGCGCCCAAAACGUGCAUCUCUCGCCGGCCGCCCCGGGGACGUGGUAUCCGUGUGUGCUGGCCGGCGGCAGCAGCAGCGAGGCCGUCCUGCAGGCCUGCAGCUUGCAGUAUGAUAUGGCGGCGAGGACAUUGGUGCUCAACGCGACGUGGCAUUGCAGUGAUUUGGAUUCGGCGCACCCAGUCGUCUUCACCGGCAUCGCCAACACGACGCUGCCCGACUACACGUGCACGACCGAGACGACGGCAGACCGGAUCCGCUGCGCGACGCCCAAGGGCACGUCGUGGGUCGCGACCGUCAACUCGACGACGAUAGUGUCUUCAGGAUAA